ACAGAAGGGCCGCCGACAUCCUGCAGCCAAUAAAGGGGGCUGUUGUUAGAGCGUGGACUCACCCUAUGGGAGGGCUGUUUGUUGCGUUGCAGUUGGCCGGCUGCUGCGGGAGGCGGUGGCGGUAAGAAGCCGGAGGCAGCGGGGUGACAGGAAAGUGGAGAGCCUCAAAAAAAUCUGUAGUAGGAGAGUUGGAAAAUAUUUAAGUCUCAACAAAUGAAUUCUGCACUUGAACUCUGCCGCAUUCCUGUGCCACCUCCUCCUUUAGAAAACUGAUCUUAGAAUAGAGAGAUAAAAGAAUAAUCAAAGGUGAAAGAAGAUGCUGGGAUCUGAACGUGGAGUUGUGGAAGAAUGGUUAUCAGAAUUCAAGGCAUUACCUGACACUCAGAUCACCAAUUAUGCUGCAACUUUACACCGGAAGAAAACACUGGUACCAGCCCUCUAUAAAGUUAUUCAAGAUUCAGAUAAUGAGCUCCUGGAGCCUGUCUGCCAUCAGCUGUUUGAACUCUAUCGUAGCUCUGAAGUUCGACUUAAGAGGUUCACAUUGCAAUUCUUGCCAGAAUUGAUAUGGGUUUAUUUACGGCUUACAGUUAGCCGAGACAGACAAAGUAAUGGUUGCAUUGAAGCACUUCUGUUAGGAAUUUAUAACUUGGAAAUUGCUGAUAAAGAUGGAAACAAUAAAGUUCUAUCUUUUACUAUCCCUUCCUUAUCUAAGCCUUCAAUAUACCAUGAGCCCUCAACAAUUGGAUCCAUGGCUUUGACAGAAGGGGCACUGUGUCAGCAUGAUCUCAUCAGGGUUGUUUAUAGUGAUCUUCAUCCUCAGAGGGAAACAUUCACUGCACAAAACCGGUUUGAAGUACUGAGUUUUCUCAUGUUGUGUUACAAUUCUGCUAUUGUGUAUAUGCCUGCUUCAUCUUACCAGUCUCUUUGUCAGAUGGGCUCCAGGGUUUGUGUGAGUGGAUUUCCCCGGCAACAUGAAAAACACUGGAAAGAACUCUGUGGUCGAAUUGUGUUGGAUCCCGAAUUUAUGGUGCAACUUCUCACAGGAGUUUAUUAUGCCAUGUAUAAUGGGCAGUGGGACCUUGGCCAGGAAGUCCUUGAUGACAUCAUUUAUAGAGCUCAGCUAGAACUCUUUUCUCAACCACUAUUGGUUGCCAAUGCCAUGAAAAACUCAUUACCAUUUGAUGCUCCUGAUUCUUCACAAGAAGGCCAGAAAGUUCUUAAAGUGGAAGUCACUCCAACAGUGCCGAGGAUUUCUCGGACUGCGAUUACAACAGCUUCCAUCCGUCGCCACAGAUGGAGGCGAGAAGAUGGCUUUGACUUCUCAAACGAGGCUGACUCGAGUAUUCCUGGCUCCCCGAUCCAACACGGCUCCACUGACCUAGGGAUCAAACGUGUGCAAGAGGGGGAGGUGCUGGUGCGCAGGACCCCUGAGCACGGCUCACCGGAGCCCAACUCAGCAGCAGCCACAACAGAGGGUGCUGAGGGUGUAAAUGGAGAAGAGUCAGUAAACCUCAAUGAUGCAGAUGAAGGAUUUUCAUCAGGGGCUUCCCUCAGCAGUCAGCCAUUUGGGACCAAACCAUCCUCCUCUUCUCAGAGGGGAAGCUUAAGGAAAGUAGCAACUGGGCGUUCAGUCAAGGACAAAGAAACAGCCUCUGCCAUCAAAUCCAGUGAGAGCCCUCGAGAUUCAGUAGUUCGCAGGCAGUAUGUGCAGCAACCAACGGAUCUUAGUGUAGAUUCAAUUGAGCUGACACCAAUGAAGAAACACCUGAGUCUGCCUGCUGGCCAGGUGGUGCCAAAAACCAAUAGUUUAAGUCUAAUCCGGACAGCCAGUGCUUCCUCAAGUAAAUCAUUUGACUAUGUAAAUGGCAGUCAAGCAAGUACCAGCAUUGGGGUUGGCAUUGAGGGAGUUACUAAUUUAGCAGCUAACAAUGCUAAUCGAUACUCAACUAUCAGUCUACAGGAAGACCGGCUAGGUCAAGCUGGAGAAGGUAAAGAGCUCCUCAGCCCAGGAGCUCCUUUAACCAAGCAGUCUCGAUCCCCAAGUUUCAAUAUGCAGCUAAUAUCCCAGGUGUAGUUUUGACAUCCUCUCUCAACUUUCUGCUUAUCUUUAAACUGAACAUUUCAUUGUGUAAGAAGAAACUUCAUCCCACAUUGUGAAAGUAUUGGUCAUCGUAAUCAGAUUUGAUUUAGUUUAGGUGUAUUCAUACUGUAUUUUGUAUGGAAACAGCAAUAAGGUUUUUUUCCCCCCUCCCUAUAUCUUCUCUUCACCUAUUCCUUAUAAAUGUGUUUGUGAAGCAGUAUAAAAUAUGUGCAUUUUCCAUGCCUUCCUUUCUCUUUGGGUGAUGUGCAAUCCAUCAUAGGCUGAUCGGUCCCAUUUCAACACUGUGAGACUGAGGAUACUUUAGAGGAAAUGGUGUAUGUGAUCCCUAUGAAAUGAUUCUUUGGCUUUUGUUACAAAAAAAAAAACAACAAAAAAAAAAACGGGUUUGUUCUCAUAAUCUAUAGAACUAUGAAAAUUACUGGGUCAUUCUUUUUUCUCUCUUAACCAGGAGUGCCUCAGAGAUCCUGCUAUGACUUUGGACUUCUCUGAGUCUGUGCAAUCAUUUUCUGGAGAAGCAUGGGGAAAGGCGGUAGACUGCUGCACUUUUUCAUUAAAAUGAGGGUGGCUCUUCCCUCCUCCCCCAUCUCUUUUAUCUCGAGGACACAAAUGUUCAAUUACUGAGGCAUUUAAAUCAAGUUAGUUGUGGCCACCUUCAUUGGAGGGUAGGCUCUAAAUUGAUUGUGUAAUUAAUUGAUAAUGCACUUUCUCAAUGGCUCUAUAGUCAUUAUUAACAUGCCUUCCCGCCUCCCUACAGGGACAUAAGGUCAUUUCUGUCCUUCAAGUUUGAACAACGAACAAAUCAGAGAAUCCAAGGGGCAUGUUCUAUUUCCCAGGAAUGACUGACACUUUGGUGCUGGGUUUUUGUGGGGGGAGGGGCUGGUUUUUGUUUAGCUUGUGUGGGAUUGUGUGUGUGAGGGGAAAUUUUGAUUGGUUUUCUUUCUUUUCCUUUGUGAGCUGAUGAUGACUGAAGUAGAACAAGUACGUCUUCAGGUAAAGAAAGGGAUUUCUCAACCUACUUUCUGUGAUGUCAGACAAUUGAAGAAACCCUUUCAGCUGCUUUCUAGAUGUACCUAAAUUCAGUCAGAUAUUUUAGAUUAAGAAACCUGAAGUCCUGGUAGAUCAUAUACUCCAAGGAAAUACAUCAGGGACAGAUAAUUGGCUGAAAACACUGACGCUUCAAUGUGACACAUUUUUAUAGAACAUUUUUACCAGGGGGUACUGACUUGAUUUCUCCUACAAGGACCACACUGCCUUUGUGUUUAAUGUAAUGCAAUUUGUGUACCUUCUAAUCACAUAUCUGCAAAACUUUCUCAUUUUUAUAAAACUUUAAAAUCAUGCCAGUAAGCUAAAUGUUGAAUGUAUGUAAAGUAGCAUUUGGUAACUGUGCUACAAAAAUGCAUUAUUGGUUAAAAAAAAAAAUUUAGUUCAGAUUUGGUUGUUAGAUUUCAUCGUGACCUCUUCUGGGUCUCAGGCUCUAAUGCUUAAAUAGAAGAGAUAUUUGGUUUUUGAAAAUCAGUAUAUUGUGACUUGAACUGCUAUGUGUUAUCCUUCCACAAAAUACAUCAGAGGUAUUAGUGCUUUGUACAUUUAGACAUUUUUAUUUUAUUAUUGUGAAAGAAAAAUAUACUGAAUUUAUAGAAAGCAAGUAUUCUCCUAAUAACAAUGUUUAAAAUUUUAUCUCCACCAAUUAAAAUUAUAGUAGAUUUUGAUAAAUAAAAUAACCAGAAAAAUGCCCCUUAUUUUUUUCACACCUAUAAAUCUACCCCCUCCUUUUUUGACUCUAAGAGGUUUUUUUGUUUGUUUUUUAAGGAAUUUUCUGUUAGAACCUUUAUAAGAACAAUGAGAUGCUUGUUUGAAUUUGGUUGCCUGGAACAUUUUUCAGCUCAUGUUAAAGUGGAAAACUAUAACCUAAACUAGUAUCUACAACAUUGCCAAAGUCUGGGGUAAAGCUAAAAGUUGACAAAUAGAAAUUUAUUGGUGUGUGUGUGUGUGUGUGUGUGUGUGUGUGUGGUGUGUAUAUGUAUAUAUCACAAAGACAUAUUUUAGGUAUCUUUUACUUUUUCUAAUUUAACUAAGGAGAUACCAGAUAAAUGAAUUAAAAAGUAGCCAAAAUAAACGAGGAGUAAAGAUCUGUAACAUACUAAGGAAAGCAAUGUUUCAGGUAUGAAAGGAAAAGAACAUUGUACUUACCAGGGAGUAAGAGCUUAGCCAUGGCUGAAGGUCAGUUACUUUUAUGGCAGAAAUGCCCAGUUGAUUUAGGAGGCUGAAGGAUUGUUUUUAAUUCAACAAGUUGUACAUUUAUUGGCAUCUAAAUCUAGCAUGAUUUUAGUUAAAGCACACACACAAAAAUACCAAAUAAUACCAAAUUACAGCAAAAGCUGUAAUAAAUAUUAUAAGAUCUGUCUGGUUUGUUAAAAAUCUUUUACCUGAAAAGUUGGUUUUGAAAACUUUCAACUUAGAGGAUUUCAUUUGUCUGUGUGUGUAUACGUAUGCAUUUUUGUAUGUAUACAUAACCCAUUGACAUUGAAUGACCCUGUAACCUUCGUGUUCCAUUCUUUUAAGUGAUGUGAUUUGGCCCCAAUGGAGAAAAAUUUCAUUUAGUUCAAACUUUGCAUUCAGCAUUUUAGAACAGAUUUCCUGUGCAAGAUAUAGUUAAAAUGGAAUGAGUUAGUUUAACAAACCAUAAGUCAAAUUUUCUAAGAGAUUUUUCAUAUUCAUUUGCAUUAUUUACUGGCAUUUAAAAUAGUUCCCAGAGACACAACAGGUGUUGCAAAUAUAUGCCAGCAAUAUUCAUACUUUAUCUUUUAACAACCUUUUGUUUUAUAUUUCCUAACUUCCAUUAAAAAAACAAAAAAAAGUCCUCUCAUCUAUGGAAAAACUAGAUAGGGAGAAAAUACUUGUUUUCUAUAAUAAAAUAAUUUGAUUGAUGCCAUCUGUACCAGGUUGGAUUAAGAAAUACAAAGAAAUAUCUGAAGGUUUUGGGAACUCGUCUCUCUGUGACAUUUGUUUGAAAUCAUAUUACUAGAAAGCAAACUAAAAUGUAAAGAGAAAAGCUAACUUACAAAUAAGAUUUUUAAAUAUAAAAAUAUUUUAGAAGCUGGAGGGGAAAUGGUUCUAAUUUGAAAUCCUGACCCCUACCCCUCUAAUUAUUCUUCUGUGCCUAUUUAUUAUAGAGUCAGAAUUUUUGUGCUAGCAGAGACCCUAGAGAUAAUCUUGCUAGUCUCCUAAUACCCCCAUCCCCAUAUCCAUCCUCAGGAAACUGAGGCUCAAAAAGUUUGUGACGUGAUCAAAGUCACAUAACUAAGAAGCAGAGCCAGAAUCAAACUCCUGUCUCCCAUCAAAUGCAUGUUAACACCCCACUGCUCCCCUAUUCUUGUACUAUGGUAAAAGUGUUAUGUAACACUUCAUUUCAGCAGUUUCUGUACAGUUCUGGUUUAGUAGUUGGUGAAUACAGCACAUUAAGUAUUAAAUCCAGAAAAAAAUGUAGAGUAAUAAACAUAGAUGGGAAAGUGUUGGAAAUGUAGGUAUCUAUACCACAGAUAUAAGGAUAGAUACAUUUUUCUUAUUCUAAUUUAUGCCUUACUAUUUUCUUCCACAUAACAGUUGUAUGCUGCCAUUUUAUAGUUAAUUAUAUUGCUGGGAAUUUAUUUAAAUGCAAAAAUAAAUGCAAUGAAAUGGCUUUCAUCAGUGUUUCUAGCUCUUUUAAAGUACUUUUUGAAUCUGGCAGCUUUCACAAUCACCUAGGUGGCAAGUUAAUUAUAUUGCACAAUGGAGUUUUGCACAAUGGAGUGCACAGUCUUUGCAAAGAUUAAAAAUUUGAUUCCAUUCAUUUCUAAUGUCAAAAGAGAUUGAACCUUCCUUGUGCUUAGAGCAGAUAGAUUAAAAACAACAUUUUCUUAUGUGAUUGAAAAAGGUUUGUAGUGCAAAGCUUAUGAUUCUGUAACGGAGUGGUGACCAUCAUGCCAUUUAACGUGUAUAUACCAUGUGAAAUGUCUUAAAUGUGGUAGUCUCAGCUAUAUAAACUCAGUAUUUCCAAACUAUAUUCUCAAAUUCCACUUAAUGGCUUUAAAUUAAUUGUAAUUAUUUAUUAGACACUGGAAUACUGAGAAUAACUUCUGUCAGAUUGUUUUGUUUGCACUAUAUUUGUGAAUAUUUUAACGUAGUGGGGUGUUUUUCCUACCUCACUUUGUGAGGUUUUUGUGGGUCCAUUUUUGAGUACUUCAGUUGUUGACAAUCAGUUGUCUCGUUUAAUUCUCUGCAUGUUUGUUUGUAAGUAAAAAAGAUUAGUAUGUGUCUUUAGGGUGUAGUACACUAUUUAUACAAACACUGGCAGGGAGGAUCUCUCCAUUUUUGAUCUUGGAUUACAAAGUAAAUUUUGUUUUAUUUUUUUCAAUCAGUAUUUCAGUUACAUAUUUCUUUUUCAGUUUAAAAAAUGUUUAACAGGUCAUGCCAGUGGUUGGAAAAUCUGUAAGAAUUUUAGAGCAACUUUUCUAUACUAUGGCUAUGUUAAACAGUCUGAACAUGAUAGUUUUUAUCUUUCAAGUUGAAUGAUUAUUGUCAUAUUUCAAACCACUAAAUCGGUUAAGACACUUAUUUGUAAUACUUUCAUUUUUUUUAAAAGUGCUUUUUAGAAACAACUUGUUUGAAAACCAACUAGAUAUUAUCGAUAACUUUAAAUAAUAACAUAUUUGCCAGAUUAUAAGAUGGAAUGCAGUGUAAAAUUGUUAACAGUGCUAAUGAAAUCAUAGUGAGUUACUAGAUUGGUACAAUUUCCCAUUGCCAAGGUGAUUAUGUUGAUUAAUGUAAGACAUAAAUUUUAGUAUUACCUGUAUUGUAUACCUAAUGAGUAUAUCAUAUUGGAACUGACCAUACAUAGGAAAUACUAUUCAUAGAGUCAACCAGUGUGCACUUAAACUAUAUUAGAUUUUUAUUGGUGCCAGAAAUUUGUGUGGUGAUCCCAAGCCAUGAGAAUUAGAGGAAUCAUCAUCACCCAAACUUCUCCUGCUCGUGUAGGCACAUUCCUUCUAAACCUGACAAUAAAAACCACAAAAUUUUGGUAA